AUGUAUAUCCAGGGGACCUACCAGAAACUUAGCCUCUUCGCAGAUGAUCUUACGGUCUUCCAGUAUGACCCUGCUCGAUCGCUCUGCCAUCUCUUGAAUCUCUUUGACUUCUUUGGCAUGUAUUUUUCACAAAUUGAGUUUGGCAUUCAACAACAAAUGAAUCUACCAAAUGAAGUAUGUGAAGUCAAAGAAGAAAAUAUUAACUCCUGCAGAAACACGGAUGACUUUAUGUUGUGUCAGAAGAUAUUCACAGAUCAAAUCUUUUCAAGCUGCAAGACUUUGAUUGAUCCCUAUCAAUAUACAGUUUUGUGCUUUCUAAAUUUAUGUUUAUGUAAAGAGGAGAAUCGCACUUCCUGUCUCUGCUCAAUCAUUACUGAGUUUUCUCGUCAAUGCGCUCUAGCUGGAGGCAAACCAGGAAAUUGGAGAACCCCAGAUUUAUGUCCUAGAGAAUGUCCCCAAAAUCUGGAGUACCAGGAAUGUGGCUCCCCUUGUGGUGACAGUUGCUCCAACCCAGAUAGUACACUUGCAUGUGACCAACAUUGUGUCGAUGGUUGCUAUUGUCCAGAAGGUUUACUAUUUGAUGACAUUGGCACCAAUGGUUGCAUUGCAAUAGAAAAUUGUUCUUGUACUUACAAUGGUCACAGCUAUAUUCCAGGCGCAUCAUAUUCAACAUCAGACAGAUCUUGCACUUGUAGCUCUGGGAAGUGGCAGUGUGAAUUUCUUCCUUGUUCCGCAACUUGUGCUAUUGAAGGAGGGUCCCAUAUCACCACAUUUGAUGAAAUGCGAUACACAGCGUAUGGUGAUUGUUACUAUGUCUUCUCUAAGCUGUGUACACAAAGCUUAUUUACUGUUUUGGGUGAACUAAGGCCAUGUGGAAAGAAAGAAACAGAAACAUGCUUGGUGGGGGUAACGGUUAUCCUAAAUGACGAAGAAACUAUAAUUGAGUUGAACCCUUCAGGGGAUGUAUACGUAAAUUUUAUAUACACUCAGCUGCCAAUAUCUGCAGCUAGUUUUACUAUCUUCAGACCAUCUCCUUUAUAUAUUGUUCUGAACACAAACUUUGGACUCCAGAUUAUAAGUCAGAUCAUACCCAUAAUGCAGUUGUAUGUGGUUCUGGAACCAUCUUAUACGUCCCAGACAUGUGGACUCUGUGGAAACUACAACAACAGGCAAUCAGAUGAAUUCAAAAUCAUCAGUGGGAUUGUAGAGGGUACUGCAGUCUCUUUUAUUAAUACCUGGAAAACAGAAGCAAAUUGUCCAAGUGCUAACAUUGUCUUUGAUCAUCCAUGUUCAAUAAGUGUGGAAAGUGAGGUAUACGCUAAACAUUGGUGUGGUCUGCUUCUUGAUCCUGAUGAUGUAUUCGGCCCAUGUCACAUUCUUGUAAAUCCAAAUAUUUACUAUCAGAAUUGCUUGAUUGAUACAUGUAGCUGUGAGAAGAGUGAAGAAUGCAUGUGCGCUGCUCUAGCCUCAUAUGCAAAAUUGUGUGCUGCCAACGGAGUUGUAUUAUAUGGAUGGCGACAGAAAGCCUGCUACAAAUACACACAAUGCCCAAAUAACCUGGUCUUUAGCUAUUCAGUCACUUCUUACCAACCUACCUGCCGCUCUAUCAGUGAACCCGACAUGAUCUGCAAAGUAAUCUUUGAUCCCCUGGAAGGUUGCGUGUGUAAUAAAGGAUAUUAUUUGGAUAAAAGUGGUAAAUGUGUUCCUGCAAUUUCCUGUCCAUGUUACUAUCGUGGUCUUCCUAUACCCUCUGGAGAAAGUAUUAAUGACAGAGGUGUCAUAUGCACCUGUAACAAAGGAAAUCUAACUUGUAUUGGAGGCAAAAAACCCACUGCAAUAUGUACUGCUCCAAUGGUCUUUGUUGAUUGCAGCAAAUCUGAACCAGGCACCAAUGGAGCUGAAUGCUUUAAAAGUUGUCAAACUCUGGAUUUGCAGUGUUACAGCACAAGAUGUAAAUCUGGCUGUGUCUGCCCUCCUGGACUUGUUUCUGAUGAAAAUGGUGGCUGCAUCGAUCCUAUCAAUUGUCCAUGCAUUCACAAUGAGGCCAUUUAUAAUACAGGCGACGAGAUCAAAAUUAGAUGUAACACUUGUGUUUGCAAGGAUAGAAUGUGGAAAUGUACCAACAAUACUUGUCUUUCAACCUGUACUGUUUAUGGAGAUGGACACUAUAUUACAUUUGAUGGGAAACGUUACAGCUUUAAUGGAGACUGUCAAUAUACUCUGGCAGAGGAUUACUGCAACCUGAAUUCCAGUGAAAGCAACUUUAGGAUUAUCACUGAGAACAUCGCAUGUGGUACAACAGGAACCACCUGCUCCAAAUCUAUCAAGAUCUUUCUAGGGACCUUUGAGCUUAUCCUUGCUGACGAUCAUCUAAAUGUAAUAGAAAGAGGCUUCGGAGUGCCUGUUCCAUACAGGGUCCGUUUAAUGGGUAUUUAUUUGGUGAUAGAGACUAAGAGUGGAUUGCUGCUGUUGUGGGAUAAGAAAACCAGCAUAUUUAUCAAAGUAUCCAGUGAAUAUAAGGGGAAACUUUGUGGACUCUGUGGUAACUAUGAUGGGAAUAGAAAUAAUGAUUUUACUACCCGAGGCAAUGCGGUUGUAGCAAGCGCUGACGAAUUUGGAAACAGCUGGAAAAUGUCUACAAACUGCCCAGAUGCAAAAGACACCAAGGAUCCCUGUAUCAUUAACCCCUACAGACAAUCAUGGGCACAAAAACAAUGUAGUAUUAUCAAUAGCAAUGUAUUCUCUGCUUGCCACCCGCACGUGGAUCCAUUGAAAUAUUAUGAGGCCUGUGUUUCUGACUCUUGUGCAUGUAACACUGGAGGAGACUGUGAAUGUUUCUGCACGGCUGUGGCUGCCUAUGCUCUUGCCUGUGGAGAUUUGGGUAUUUGUAUUUCAUGGAGGACACCAAUCAUCUGUCCUUUAUUCUGUGAUUACUACAACCGGGAUGGAAAUUGUGAGUGGCACUAUAAAGCUUGUGGAUCCCACUGUAUGAAGACCUGUAGGAAUCCCAUGGGGAAAUGCUCUUAUGAGAUAAGAGGUUUAGAAGGGUGUUACCCAAAAUGCCCAGAGGAUAAGCCCUAUUUUGAUGAGGAUGAAAUGGAAUGUGUAUCAGUAUGUGGCUGCUAUGAUGGAGACAGGAAGCACUAUAAACUGGGUGCCAUAGUCCCUACAAAUGAAAACUGCACAGUCUGUUUUUGUACCUUAAAUGGUAUUGAAUGCAAGUACAAAGUAGAAGCUUGUAAGUGCGAGUAUCAAGGAAAGAUUUAUAAAUACAAUGAAGUCAUUUACAACACCACAGAUAAUAUUGGAGGCUGUAUUAUUGCAAUAUGCAAAGAAAAUGGAACCAUCUAUAGAGAAGUCCACCCAUGUCCCACAGUAUCUACAACAUCUGUUCGAACAACCCCAUUAGAGUUUACUACUGAGAGUUCUACAGGUCCAUGGGAGGGAGGAGACCUCUCAAACCGGGUGUGCUGCCUUGCUGCUGGGCAGAUGUAA